AUGGCUAUGUCGGAUGGGGCGAUCCCCCUCGGCUGUAAACGAGCGAUGACCGCCAAAUCUCAGCCGGCGGCGGAGUUGGAACUCGUGGGUUCAUCCUCUUCGGCCAUGACGCCGCCGCCUCCGACGGCGACGCGGACUUGGGACGAUGGUGAUUCGGACGGCGAUGACGAGGGCACAUCCGAGUUUGCGGGAUUCACCGAUCAGAGACUGCAGGAGUCGAUCAAAAAGUUGCGUUGCCUCGCCCUGCUCAAGCUGCCCGACGGCGGCGUGAAGUUGAGGAGGCACAUCCGCCGCAUGGAGAAGGAGGUAGAUCGCCGCCGGACUGCCGGGUCUAGGAAGGAUGUCAUGACUUGGAGACGGGCAGUGCAGCCUCCUAGCCAGGAUAAUUACCAUGACUCUAAGGAUGGUAGCAAGUUUAGCCAGGGAAUUGUUUCUAGCAAAUACCAUUUGAAUCUAGCAACCACACCUGCAAAUAAUUAUGAACAGGUUGAGGAAUCAGCGUUUUUUAAAGAACUAAGUUAUUUUGGCCAAGGAAAGCAUGCAUGCCUAAAGAAAGUUGGGCAAAGCGCAAGCACCCCAGUGAGUCAUACAAAGAGAACUGAUGAUAAAAAAAUGAAUAUGGAUAAUGAAAUCAUUUACAAUAAAAGGAAAUUAGGUUUGAAGAGUUGUCUCAGAAAAAGACAGAGGAACAUCUCUUUUGAUUCAAACUGCGCAUAUGAUAAACCACAUACAAAAGAGGACACUUUUGGAAGAUCAACUAAGAGGUGGGAGCCUUCUAAGAAUCACACCGCUCAGUCUAAUUCCAAGGAAAGGAAGAAACAGAAGGAUGUGGUUCUCUUGGAUGACGAAGAUAUGGAACCUGCUGAAUCAGAUGAGAUAACCCAUAAAUUGGAUGAGUCAAAGAUCUACUAUCCUUCAAGGACUGAUAUGGAAACUGUUGAGCUGACUUACUCUGACAUAAAAUGUCUUGAGCCUGAAGAAUAUUUGAAAUCACCGGUUAUAAAUUUUUACAUGCAGUACCUUAGGAAAUCCAGAACAUGUGGAGACUUGUACAUGUUCAGUACAUAUUUCUAUAGCAAACUUGAAGAAGCACUAUCCAGGAUGGGUGACCAUGAUGACUCACAAUUCAGAAAGUUAAGGAGAUGGUGGAAAAAUGUAGAUAUCUUUAGGCAAGCGUACAUAAUUUUGCCUAUUCAUGGAAAGAUGCACUGGAGUUUGAUCAUUAUCUGCAUGCCCGCAAAAGAAACAGGAGCUGGGCCAAUGAUACUGCACUUGGACUCUCUAGGACUCCAUUCCAGUCGCAAGGUUUUUGAUGUAAUUGACAGCUACCUCAAAGCAGAAUGGCAACAUCUUCAGAAUGAUUCUUCUUAUAUUAUCCCCUUUUCAGGGAGAAUAUGGAGUCAUCUAUCAAAGAAUAUAAGCAAGGAAAAAAUUGAGGUGCCAAGUCAGCCUAAUCAGUAUGACUGUGGUAUCUUUAUGCUUCAUUACAUUGAGAGGUUUAUUCAGGAGGCACCAGAGAGGCUGACAAGAGAGAACCUUCGCAUGUUUGGACGCAAAUGGUUUGAUCCUGAAGAAACUGCGGUGCUGCGGGACAGAAUACAAUCACUCCUGUUUGAUUCAUUUGAGAGCACUCAGAUGGAUGGUGAACUAUCGCAGUCUGAUGAUCAACCUGGAGGUGAAGAGAAUCAACCUGGAGAUGAAGACAAGGACGGGGAUACAGCAGUCAUGAUUGUGGUGAUUGACUAACGACGGGUGAAUGGCGCCAUCUUUGCAAUAGACCAUGGCGCAGUCGUUAACAAAGAGUUUCAGCAACGUCGGAUCAAAGAACACCUCAGGGGAUAUGUACCACUCUCGGGACGUGGACUAGAAAAGGAUGGGCUAGUCGUGCUUGCAGACGCAGGAGGUCAAACGGCAAUUUGCAAACAAAAGAUCAUUUAGAGCAAGUUUAAUAGUAUAGCCAACUUCUAGCUCCAAUUCAUCUAUAGUCAAUCUAAUAGUACAAUAGCUACCUAUAAAACAUAUACUACGAUGUCCUAUCAGUGUGUUUUAAAGUUCAUGCUACAGUUGGCCCUAUAAAUAUAUAACUCACUGUCCUCUCCUCUCUUAUCUUCUUAAAAUAUGUUUAU